AUGGCCAGGCUCCGCCGAGCCCUGCAGCGGGCCAAAGCCAUCACAGAAGCCUCGGAUGCCGCCGCACCGGCCACACCUGCCCCCAGCAAUGCACCCACUCAUCUCAACGCUUGGGCGGAACAUGCGCCGCCGCGCCUGGACUCUACCAGCAUCGCACAGCUCGUCAAAGACUUUCACCGCAACUAUCCGGGGGAACACCUGGACGGGGACGCAAUGCCAAGCGUUCGGCUCUUGAGCAUCGUUCACCGCUGGUUCUCCCCAGGAAACAGCAUCAGCUGGGUACCGUGGCAGCUGCGCCUGUCCGAAAGGCAAUACCAAGAAAUCAUCGAAAGCCGCACAACACGCACGCUUCGCUCCGAAGCUGCUUUCCUCAGCACUGCCCUUUUUGAUGAUGCUACUCCAGAGAUGCCUGUGGAUCAUCUCCGCUUGAGCCCAGCAUGGCUUGGACGCAUCCAGGCCAUCUUUCGCAAUGCCAUUGCACUGUGCAAAGGCGCACACCUGCAGCGCCUCAAAGCCUACGACAAAAAAAUCCUAGAUUGGGCCACGCAGACGCCCUCUGACGCAUCGCUGCGCACAGUCACCGCCAGCGAACUGGUCUCAGCAGACAGAAAGCUCUGGCGAGAAAUUGCCUCGCUUUGCGCUGCCGGUUGGACCCUUGAUGACGCACUGCAUGAGAUGACGCAUGUCAGGCUCAGCAAUGCGGAUGGCGCUGCAAAUGUCAAAGACGGCUCCGAAUGGGACCCCUGCAUACUCCCUCAACUUACCAGUGCAGCCUGGUCCGGGCUUCUAGGUGCCCUGCUGCUCGAGGUCACUUUGGCCGCGCUCAGCCCAGCCGCACAUCGCGUCGCACAAUCCCUAGUGCGUGCAGCACACUUGCAGGGUGCCCAAAUUUGCUUUGCCUAUCCUACACAGUGCGAUCCAGCCACAGAAUCAUCGUACAUCCAUCUCUGCCAGGAACUGGCAGUUCAUUGCGUGCACGCCCCAUUGCCAGAUGAUGAGAACUCCGGCAUCUUCUGUUGCACAGAUGCAAAGCUCGGCCAGAUCACGAAUAACCCUGACCGUUGGGGGCAGCUUCAAACGUUGCUAGAAACGCAUUGCACUUCGGGCAUGGAAGAUCCAGAACCGCCUCUCAGUGCCGAACACGGCUCGGUACUGGCGGAGCUCAUCCGCAUCGAGCUCGCACCGCAUUGCGAGCCCUCGUCAUUUCACAGCAUCAGUGAGGGGCAGCCCUUUCGCCUGCAGGUCCUGCGCUGCCUGUCCAGAGCCAUACAAGAUAAAGAUGCAGACCUACCGCUCCUCCUCGAAGACGGUGUGCCUACAGGGGCCUUUGAACCACUUCCCUCUAGUGGUCAAUAG